CAUGCAGAGAGAGAGAGAGAGAGAGAGAGAGAGAGAGAGAGAGACUUUGCUCUUGAGUUGAUUCAAGACAGACUUGCUCUACCUGCCCAAAAAUUCUACAGGCUCCGCCACUGUUGGACUUAAGGAGGCGCCCGGCGUCUCCGCGUUAUUUUUCCAUUCUAGAAGCGACGACGCUGAUCAAUGAUGGCGGAGCAGAAACCAGGGGGUGGAGGGAUGGGCGAAGGCUCGAAAGAAGUGGUCACCGCUGGCGAUUCGGACGGUGAUAUGCAUGAAGGUAGAAUGGAGCAGUCUUCCGUAAAGACACUUCUUGAUAGCAUCUCAUGCUUUGGUCUUUUAUCUUCCCGUACUACCAUAAAAGCAGAAGUAGUUCUCAGAUACUGCCGAACAGUUGAUGAGAUCUUGAUGCUGUUGAAGCCUGUCUUGGAGGAGGCUGUUCUCUCAGAGAUAAUUCCGGAUAUGAAACUAACGGAAGUGCUGAUAGAACUUGACUCUCUAGUUAAUGAAGCUAGGGAGCUGCUUGGAAGCUGGCAUCAGAUGAUGAGCAUAGUUUACUUUGUGUUGGAAAAUGAGCCAAUAAUAACAAAAAUACAGACAUCGGCUGUUGUCACUUGCCAACUAUUUAAAUCUUUAUGCCCUCCUACUGUAUCUGCAGAAAAUGUUGAGUGUUUUAAGAAGAAGAUUCAGCUGGUUCAUCAUGAAAAGAUCAUGGAUGAAAUAAAAGAGGUCAUACAGGAUCAGAUCAACAAAAGGCUACCCAGCUCUGAACAUCUGGAGAAAAUUUCAAGGUUGUUGAACUUGUCAUCUAAUCAGGAAUUGCUUAUGGAGGCUGUUGCCCUUGAUAAGCUUAAAUCCAUGGUAGGGCGUGGUGGUAGCCAUGCAGAACUGGAGUACAUUGAUCACAUACUGGCACUGAUCACCUAUAUGCAUGAUUGCCUCGUUAAAGUAAAACAGUUACACAGCAUUAACGGGGUGCCAAUUCCCCCUGACUUCUGCUGUCCUCUCUCCUUAGAAUUAAUGGCUGAUCCUGUGAUUGUGGCGUCAGGACAAACUUAUGAGCGAGCCUUUAUUAAGAAAUGGCUUGAUCAAGGGUUUAAUGUUUGCCCCAAGUCACGUCAAACACUUGGACACAGCAAUUUAACCCCCAAUUAUACCGUUAAGGCGCUCAUUGAAAACUGGUGUGAAUCAAACAACAUCAAGUUGGCUGAUCCAUUAAGAUCCUUGAAUGAAACCCGACCCUCUGCUUUCAUCAGCCCUAUAGAUAUGAAGGCAAAUGAUAGCAAAAUUUCGCCUCGUCGUAAUCAUCUUGAAAGGAAUAAAUAUACAAGAUCACUAGAAAAUGGUAUUUCAUCGGUUAAUGCGCAUAAGGAGCUAGCUUCGUCUAAUGGGAUCCACCAGGAAAGUUACCUCCCUGAGAAACCCGCGUCUUCUCAGCUUCAUUCCAGUGGUUCAAGAUCCAGAGGCUCAUCUUUCCAGGACGUAAAUCAAUGUGAUACAGGAUUUGCUAGAAUGUCAUUAUCAGGCUCUGAAGACAAAAAUGAAUCUAGAUCUGAACAGAGAUAUGUUGGUUCUGGUGAUCAAACUUCAACUCAUUUCAAGCAAGAUUUUUCUCAAGAUAGUCAGGAACAUAUACGCAGCAGUUCAAUUUCCAAUGAUGUUUUAGAUACUGAGCAUCAUGAAGAGGUAGGAGAUGCAAGAACAGUCUCUCGAGUCUAUAGUGACCUUACACAUACCAGCAAUGAUGCUUCAGGUGAAGUUAUGCGGGAGACUCCUACUUCUGCUGCUCAGGUAGAGCCAGAUUUUAUAUCCAAAUUUACUGAUGUCCGGUCUAGAAGUCAAAUCUUUUGGCGACGACCAUCUGAUCGAUUUACUCCAAAGAUGGUUUCUUCACCCUCUUUGGAUAGCAGACCUGAUCUAUCUGGUGUUGAGACCCAAGUGCGGAAGCUGGUUGAGGAUCUAAGAAGUGAUUCUAUGGAUGUGCAAAGAACUGCCACAGAAGAGCUGCGUCUUCUUGCUAAACAUAACAUGGAGAACAGAAUAGUGAUUGCAAAUUGUGGAGCUAUACCCCUUUUAGUUGGUCAUCUAAAUUCAACUGAUCCAAAGACCCAAGAGAAUGCAGUUACUGCUCUUUUAAACUUAUCAAUUAAUGACAACAACAAAACUGCCAUUGCAAAUGCCGAUGCCAUCGACCCUCUCGUUCAUGUCCUUGAAACAGGAAAUCCUGAAGCAAAAGAAAACUCGGCUGCAACACUCUUUAGCCUUUCUGUAAUUGAAGAAAACAAGGUUAGGAUUGGACGUUCUGGUGCUAUCAAACCACUGGUUGAAUUGUUAGGAAAUGGGACGCGCCGGGGAAAGAAAGAUGCUGCUACAGCUUUGUUUAAUCUAUCAAUAUUUCACGAGAACAAAACAAAAAUUGUGCAGGCUGGGGCCGUGAGGUAUUUGGUUGAGUUGAUGGAUCCAGCUGCUGGCAUGGUUGACAAGGCUGUAGCUGUUUUGGCUAACCUUUCAACCAUACCAGAAGGAAGAACUGCAAUUGGACGUGAAGGUGGAAUCCCAGUACUUGUGGAAGUUGCUGAGUUGGGUUCAGCGAGAGGGAAGGAAAAUGCUGCAGCCGCUUUGCUUCAGCUAUGUACAAAUAGCAACAGAUUUGGUAGCAUAGUUCUCCAAGAAGGUGCUGUUCCACCAUUAGUCGCUCUGUCUCAAUCAGGCACACCUCGCGCUAAAGAAAAGGCUCAAGCUCUUCUUAGCUACUUCCGCACCCAGCGCCAUGGCAGUGCAGGGAGAGCAUGACCGGAUCAAAACUUUCUUUGCACCAUAGGUUUUUUUUAACCUUGUCAGCUUGUUAAAAUCCUGUAGGUGGAGGAAUUAAUAGUCAUUAAAUUUGUUGUGCUUAUAUUGAGUUGUGAUUUCAUCUAGGUACUGCUGGUCUGUUCCAAUGUAUCAUUGUACAAAGGAGACUAAGGCAUCGUUUGAGACGGCUUUCUUACUGCUUCUUAAAGCAUCUUUUUAGUACAUAAAUUAUGUAAUAAAAAGCUGCUUUAAUAAGCAGUAAGAAAGAUGUUUCAAAUAAAAUUUAAAUUUGUAAAGCAGUGAACUGAACAGUGUUUUAUUCAUUGUUCAUCACCAGAAUGUUGUAUAUGCAUUUUUGCAAUAUAUGAAGCAUCAUCUCUUCUUUCUGAUCGAAA